UCAUUAAUCCCGCAUACAACGGCCCUCCCAUCAUCACUUGAGAAACCUUCCCAACUUGUUUUAGGUGGCGCAAUGUAUCAUCCUCUUCUCAUGUGAAGAUACGUACAUUUCAAACGCUUUUCUGCAUAACCCAAUACCCUUUUUCUCGAUCAAAAAUCUAAUUCAUUUCCAUUUGACCACAAUUGAGUUGAGGCUCUUUCAAAAUGUUAAUUUCUAUACACGUAUUAUCAACCUUUGUUCUUCAUCAUGGAAUGCAGAGUUUGCCCCGACUUAAUAAACAUAGAUUCUGCACCCUACCUUCCACCAUUACAUUGUCUUGAGUUACAUAUAUUAAUUUGUAUUUGAUUUCUUGCCCAUACUGUUUAUGUGGAGAGUUACAUUUUUGGGUUCGAUUCUUUGUGAAAGGAUUAUUUUGGGUUUUUGAUGCCGAAAGUCUCAAAUUUACCUUGAAUGUCCCUGCAUGUUAAUCUCAAGGUGCAGAUAGACAUGUAAAUAUACAUGGGGGGUUUUGAAAAUUGAGUAGAAAGUGAUCAGCUGAUAGUAUGUGUGAAGUUAUUGAACUUAAAUGCUCGCAAAGCUUGAAUCUUGAUGAGUUUAAUGGCUGUUAGUGUAUUUGGGGAUAUGAAAUCAUAGUCUUUUUAGGCGUUGGAGCAUUGAAGUAGAGAGGAAUGGCCAACAUGGCUCACUUAACCUAUUCUGAUUCAAUGGGUGAUGGCUCACACCAUUGUCAGGGAGUGCAGAUUGUCCCAUUCAAGACCUCAACGGCGUCGUUGAGAAUGCUUUUGUUGCAUGGGAAUUUGGAGAUUUAUGUGAAGGGGGCCAAGAAUCUUCCCAAUAUGGAUUUAGUGAACAAUAGCAUAGGUGAUAUGAUAGGGACUUUGUCUGGGAAAAUACAAACAAGUGACCCUUAUGUCACAAUUGCAAUAUCUGGUGCUGUAAUUUGUAGGACUUUUGUGAUUAGAGAUGAUGAAAAUCCUGUUUGGGACCAGCAUUUUAAUGUCCCAGUAGCACAUUAUGGUACAGAGGUGCAGUUUAUUGUUAAAGAUAACGAUUUCCUGGGAUCCGAGAUCAUAGGCGCUGUUGGGAUCCCUAUAGAGCAGUUAAUCCUAGGGAAUAGAAUGACUGGAACUUAUCCGAUCAUUGGUGCAAAUGGGAAGCCGUGUAAUCGGGGGGCUGCUUUGAGCCUAUCGAUUCUGUAUAUACCAAUGGAGAAUCUGUCAAUUUAUCAUGAUGGAGUGGGAUCAGACCUUAAGAAUGAAGGUGUGGCCGGUACCUAUUUUCCUCUUAGGAUAGGAGGAACUGUCACACUGUACCAAGAUGCUCAUGUGCAUAAUGGUGCACUUCCAGAUGUGGUAUUGAGUAAUGGCACGACGUAUAGAAAUGGUAGUUGUUGGCGUGAUAUAUAUGAUGCAAUAUCUCAAGCUCGCUGGCUAGUUUAUAUCACAGGAUGGUCUGUUUAUCACCUAGUUCAACUUGUUAGGGACGACCCUCUUGUAACCAACAGUAGCUUGGGCGAGCUUCUGAAAGCCAAGUCUCAGGAAGGGGUGAGAAUACUGCUCCUUGUAUGGGACGAUCCCACUUCUACGACCAUAUUGGGGUAUAAAACUGAAGGGGUGAUGAAUACUGGUGAUGAUGAAACGCGUCGCUAUUUUAAGCAUUCAUGCGUGAAAGUACUACUAUGUCCUAGAAGUGCUGGGAAAGGGAGUUGGGCCAAAAAGCAGGAAACAGGAACAAUCUACACUCACCACCAGAAAAGUGUGAUCGUAGAUGCUGUCGCUGGUAAUAAUAGAAGAAAAAUAAUAGCAUUUGUUGGAGGACUUGACCUAUGCAAGGGAAGAUAUGAUACUCCACAGCACCCAAUAUUUAGCACAUUGCUAACAAUUCACAAAGAUGACUACCACAAUCCUAAUUUUGCGGGGCCUACUGUGGGUUGUCCUAGAGAGGCAUGGCAUGAUUUACACUGUAGGUUUGAUGGUCAAGCAGCGUGUGACGUCUUGAGAAACUUUGAAGAACGAUGGCUAAAGGCCUCAAAGCGCCAUGGCCAACUGAAGCUUUCACAUGAUGAUUCCUUACUCAAGCUUAAACGAAUCCCUGAUAUAUUGGGAUUAGAAGAGUCUGCCAGAGUAUCAGAAGGCAAUCCAGAGGCUUGGAACGUUCAGGUUUUCCGUUCAAUCGACUCCAACUCUGUUAGAGGCUUCCCCAAGGAUCCAAGAAAGGCUACAGAAAAGAACCUGGUAUGCGGGAAAAAUGUAUUUAUAGACAUGAGUAUACAUACAGCUUACGUAAAGGCAAUUCGUGCUGCUCAACACUUCAUUUACAUUGAGAACCAGUACUUCCUCGGGUCGUCAUACAAUUGGGCUAAUUACAAGAACUUGGGUGCAAACAAUCUAAUUCCUAUGGAAAUUGCUCUGAAGAUUGCUAAGAAGAUCCAAGCCAGGGAGAGGUUCGCUGUGUACAUUGUCAUUCCGAUGUGGCCUGAAGGAGUUCCUUCCAGCACUGCCACCCAAAGAAUUCUCUUUUGGCAGUAUAAUACAAUGCAAAUGAUGUAUGAAACAAUCUACAAUGCUUUAGUAGAAGCAGGGCUCGAGAAAGAGCAAGAGCCUCAGGAUUAUUUGAAUUUCUUUUGCCUUGGCAGUCGCGAGCCUGAUUACAGUCGGCGGCAGUCAUCAAAUAUCAAAAACUCCAGUGCAAAUACUCCACAGGCCCUAGCUCGGAGAAACCGUCGCUUCAUGAUCUAUGUUCACUCUAAGGGAAUGAUAGUGGAUGACGAAUAUGUAAUAUUGGGUUCUGCCAACAUCAAUCAACGCUCUUUGGAAGGAACCAGAGAUACCGAAAUAGCAAUUGGUGCAUAUCAGCCUCUUCAUAAAUGGGCUAGCCAACGAGCUCACCCGAAAGCACAGAUAUAUGGAUAUAGAAUGUCACUGUGGGCGGAGCAUACGGGUACUUUGGAACCGUGCUUUGAGAAUCCCGAGAGUUUGGAAUGCGUGAGACGCAUAAGAUGGAUGGGGCAACUAAACUGGCAAGAAUUUGAGUCUGAGGAAAUGACUCCACUGAGAGGUCAUCUGCUGAAGUAUCCUGUACAAGUAGAUGCAACAGGGAAGGUCAGUCCUCUCCCUGGCUGUGAGACGUUCCCCGACAUGGGUGGCAAAAUAAUCGGAACAUUCGCAGGGAUUCAAGAAAAUCUCACAAUUUGAUCAUACCAUUGUUUGCUAACAAAUGGAUCUUUUUUCUUCUCUUCCAACUCUUUUUUGUUGUCAUAAUGUUGUAGGAUUGUAGCUGAGGUUGUUUUCUUCCUUUUAAUUUUUGUCGUGUCUUAUUCAGGCAAGCAUACUCGUGCCAAAACAUGUCCCAGUUUUAGUCAAAUUUAGGCUGCUGUAGAUAUAUGUUGAUUUGUAAGAUACAGAGAUGCAUUUCCAUGCCUUAAAAAUAGUGUAAUAAUUUCAUGUGCCUCGAGUUCUUAUU